AUGUACGUGGAUGGCUCACUUUCGACCAGAUGGGCAGGCGAUUUCGAUAUAGCAGGUCGAGCAACGCAUAUGGGUAGUAAUACGAGCUUAUCUGCUUACUCGAGUCCUUCAUUCAAGCGGGGUCCUUCUACAUCCUCUCGAUCUUUCGGCGUAAGCGAUGAAGAUUGGAACGAGGCCAGAGAAGAAUUAGUUCGCCUACAGCGGGGACCAAGUCAUGCCGGAUCUGAACAGUUUUUCUCUGACGACAUGCGGACCACGAGUGGUUACGAUCUACCUAUGUCCUCGAAAUACAAUCCGUCGCUUGUUGGGUCCGCCUCGUACUCGCAUGUCAACAAUCUGCGUGACCAACGCUUGCAGUCAGGAUUCAAGAAUUCGACUGAACAUACAGGAAAAUAUUCAGGUUAUGAUCAUGACCAUGGGUCUGUCAAGGCAAGGUUUUACAAACAAGGAUACGAAAGCGAGCACUCUUACCCUUAUGAUCAGGAUUACGAUCUUCAAUCUGAGUUGAGCUUUAGCACGGACACCAGAAAUCACUAUAAUACCGACCUUAGAUUUCUGGACCACACGUCCAGAAUCAAUCCUGAACGCCGCACUCAAACGCCAGAGCUAGCAAAACAAUGCAAUGAUUCAUACUUCGAUUCAAGUAGUGGUAGCAGAACACCCAUUGUCUUCGGUGCUUCCGAGUCUCACGGCGCAUAUGAUCCUACCCGACAGCAACAUCCUGCGAUUUCCAGUCGGUACGGCGAUGGCCAAUCACAGGCUCGCCCACAGAGCUUUAGCAAUCUGGAACCACCUGCGCACUACUCGUGGGAAAGCCGAGGGGGUAAUUCAACGAAUGAAUGCUAUGCACCAACGUCCAGAUCACCCUUUGCAUCACCCGGGUCGCCAUACCACAGGCCACCUUCCCGCCAACAAUAUGCGUCUCCGGGUCACGGAGGAAAACAGCACUUUGGCGAGAAUGAUUUCAAAUCAGCUUAUGAUCUCCGUUAUAACCUUUCUGGGCAUUCUGAUAGUGAUAUCCUGAAACAGGAGGACAGAGAUUACUCCGAAGGAUACAGUACACCUGCCGCUCUACUAUAUGAGUCUCGUGGAGGUAGUCAGGCGCCAUUCGACUCGUAUGCGACCAAUCAAAGUUUCACAACGAGUCCAAGUGCGUCGAGUAGAAAAAGCAAGCUGAAUGGACUUCCUCCAACUCGUCAACCCUAUCAUACUGAACGCGAGCAAAUCAAUCAUGUUACAUCCCAAUUAGAUGCGUCUCUUCAUCGAGCUUUUUCCAAGAAUUCAAAUGUAUCCAUUCUCGAUGAUUUUUUUUGCAUACCGGAUAUGUCCGUCUCAUCAGAAGUGACAUCACAUACACCGUACUCGACCGCCGUGCACUCCCCCAGGUCACUGAUAAGCUAUCAGAGCUCCAUUCAUCAAUUGUCUACCCCGAAAAACAUCAAGAAAGCUCAUGACAUCAGAAGGCAAGUCGACAAACUCACCACAAUGGAAGAUAACAUGAAGCACAAGAACAAGCUCAAUCUCUCAGGGACUAUCUCAAUGCCUAAUUCAGUUGCCGAAGAACAGCAGUCAUUAUCUACCAUCAAUAUCGACGCAGCCACCUUCUUCAAUGAAAUCGAUACGAGACAAAUGGAAUUGGACCGACAACGCAAUGAUCUUGAGAAACAACUUUCUCUCCAAGACAGUGCGGAUCUUGAAAUGAAGCUAGCAUCUGAAGUCAAGCAGCUCGAGAGACAAUUGACCAUGCUCAAUCAUUAUCGCGAGAUUGACUCAAAUAGGCGGAUUGCCAAGCUUUCUCGUUUCGGGCACGUUCUAAGCCAACCUAUCGAGCCUGCAUCGAAGGCUUCCUAUCUGUAUCAACCACGCUGGUUGGCGGCGGCACGCAAGCUCUCAGAUAGGACGCCAAAGUUAGACCUUGCGCUUUCCGGGGGUGGAAUAGCUGGUGCUUAUUACCACUUACUAACAAAUCACCUACCACGAGGACUGCCCUUCUUCGGUGAUCGGGAUGGCUUCUUCGCUUGUGGUACAAGCCGUCAAAACGUGUACGUUCGUGACCCCUUCACGGAGCCGAUUGAUUUUGACUACGGCUAUGGUCGGAUGAAAGCGCUGGGCAGCUAUGGCCUAUCUCAAGACCGAUUUGCACGCAUCAAUACGCACUUGCUCGAUGAUCUCUACCUUUUUGAGAUGUUACUACGUCUUGACCGGAGUCUAGAUGAGCAGGAACGUUCACGGCGCUGGCGAGAACGCCUCCGCUGGGAAGAAAUCCAAGACAGUGGUGAACGCGUAAGAUUGUGGAGCGACAUGAAUGUAGAUGCGCGUCGACAGAUUGGGAUCGAUGAGGGCUCUUUUUGGGCAGCGCAUCUCUUUGGUUCACCAUUCAACUCUCGCAUGGGCUAUACCACUUGCCCACUCGCAGGCCCAGCAAUGCGUACAAGAAAACACUAUAGCCUUACACCUGGGUUAGAGAUCAGAUACCCAAUGUGGUACCAUGGAGGGCUUGGCCUCGGGCGCAGAAUCUUCAACUGGAUGGAGCAGCCGUACCGCCCCAUAAAUAUCAAACAUGAAUUGCGUAGAGAAAGGAUCCGAAGAGAAUACGCCGAACGUAGGGGGGAGAUACGCCCUCGGCCUCGCUCUCUCGGACCUGGGCUGAUGGGUACUGGUGUUCCCUAUCAAACAGAACUCGAAAGACUAAGACGUAUGAGCGGAUUGCGUCCAGCAGGAAGCAGAGCUGCUCCAAAUCCAAGUCCAUCACAUUUGCCCUCUGACUCGCUUCCUCGAAACGAUCCCUUCGCAUCGUCUGGCCCGGCAUAUCCCAGUACUGGACUAUCACGUUCAUCGCGACCACCCACUCCUUAUGCUAGGAAUCAUCCAUCAUCAUCUUCUGCGCCUCCUGUGCAUGCUUCCCAGCCUGGCUCGAGCGCGAUGUCGAGCGGAUCAAACCCAUCCAACUUGAAAUCAAGUCCUCGUGCUGGAACAAGUACCGCCAUCAAUAGCACUUCUACUCCAAAUUCAGAUCGCCCGACAAAUGGUAACACAGAAUCCAAUAGCGGCGUCAUCAAAAGCCCAAUCGACCGUAAUUUAACACAGAGUGUAGUUUUUGAUCCAUAUGUCGAGAAGAUUUCUCAUGAGGAUACAAUUCCAUCCCGACCUCCGAGUCGUAACCAAGCUGGCGCAGCCCUUGCACCGAUUCGAUCGGCCAUGAAGACGCCCCCGGCAAAUCCGAGACCUCCUGUGCCUGCGGAAGUUCUUCAGGAUGAACAGCAGAUCGAUUCAAUCACUGCUAUCAACACGCAUCGUAAUCGCUCGACGCCAGCUCCAGAUGACAAGAAAAAACAAGGAGACAAUGUAACUCAGAAAUCAUCAACUCAUGAUCCACCCAAAGUUACUUCAACCAAAGUUAAUCCACCUAAAGUCAAUCCAGCGAAGCUUGCCAGUGCCAUCAAGGGAGCUAGAAAAGCAGCUGAAGAAGAGAAAGGUAGAUUAGAAUAG